CUGCUUUACAUCAAACACUUGCUUAAAUCAUUGGAUAAGGUUUUUUGGAUGAAUAACAUUUCAUUUUACAGCUUUUAGGUAACACAAAAAUCUGUGGAUAGGUGAUGAUUUUCACUGAAUCCGUGUCAGGUCCUGAAUUCUGUAAAAAGUGUCAUUUUGAUGCUUAGGAACCUCUCGUAACAAUAGGCAAUUCACCCUUGCAAGGAACUUAGCGAGAUUUCCACCAAAGCAGGAAGAUUUCCAGGGAUUUUAAGAUAAAACAUUCCUUAUUUUAAAUUCCCACCAUAGGUUUUUGAUAUUUUCAUGGAGUGGUUUGCCUCUCGGAUUUUCAUGCACUGGUGGACUCUUGCUGGUUGAAAAAUCAACAUCAGCGAUAUAUUUUACAAAGCAAGCAUGAAUAAUCAUAAUAUUUAUUUAAGCAUAACGUGUUAGGAAACUCUUUAAUAUAUUAGUCUGGUAUUGAAGUCAUUUAGUCAGGAAAAUGAUCUUUAUUUGAAAUAUGCACAUUCAAAAUAUGCUACCAAGUGAAAAUUUUCUAGUGUUUUUGUUCAUGGGUUAUUUCGUCCCGAGCGAAGCUAUUUUACACUUACUUUCAGUGGCGUAGCCAGAGAGGGGAUGUAAAGGGGGUGUGACACCCCCGAUUUUUCAAGAGUUUUUCGGUAAAUGUAUUGUAUUAGUGCAAAAAUCCCUGGUUUGUUGGUAGAAACGUCUAUCGGUAGGUGAAAUAGCACCUAAAUUUCUCUCCAUCUAUGUCUUCUUCGGUAAAUUUUACUACUUAUGACCCUCCACCCUCCUAGUCUGGAAGGUCGUGCUACCCCACUGCUUACUCUAAAACCUAGUUGGUGCUUAACAUUUUGCUGGGCAUGGGAAAGCUAUUGUCGUGUGCAACAUGACGUGCUGUAAAGACACGGUUAUAACUUGAGCUUGAAAAAAACAAAAAAUAAAUAACAGAUAAUAAGAAUAAAAAGAUAAAUAGGUCCUGACUAUAAUUCGGUCACAGCUAUAUAAGUUUGUGUUUGAAAAGUUGUGACUGAAAGAGAGACUCGCUGUAAGCGAGGUUUUAUUAGAUUAGCAUGUUUGGGUUUCAUAUUCUCACAGACAGUCUGGCUUUUAUUUGAGUUGGCUUAAUGCAUAAAGAUAAAGUUUUUCGCUCCAGUAUGGAGAACAACAAAUCUCCGUUGAAGCACUCGCGAGGACCUAAUGAGUUUGAUGAUUUCCGAGUUUCUUCCCAUUUUCAUCAAAAUUUCGCGAAUUUGAAUGAUAUAUUAGAUCUGGCCUUUUGUGAUCGCUGAAUCACAGUAUUUUGAAAAUUUUUCAUUUAAGUCAUGAAUUAUGCAUCGUUUUGGAAAUUACAGAGGAUCAAGAACGCCACAAUUCCUUGCGAAAGAGUCAAUAAAGUUUCAGAAACAUAUGUCUACAGCGCCUCCAUAGGAGUCGCCCUAUGCUAGUGGAUUUUGCAGACCAGCUAAAAACGUUGAAUCAUUAAGUGCUGCACAAUAAUUUUGCUCUUGUCAUCCUCUCAAAUGUGGGUUGAGAAAUCAAUAGGGCAUUGAUUUAAUGCACUGAAUGAUGGAACAUAAAAACAAAACGUCCAUACACAGAGUUCCUGCUCAAUUUUUUAUCGUUUGCUACUAAAAUGAAAAGUAAGCAGAUUUAUGAUAAUCGUGCUGUGUUUUGUACUCAAUUAUAAAAAAAAAUUAAUUUCUUCAUUUGAUAUUCAUUUGUUUUUUCGAGAGAUUAUUUCAUCGUACAUUAAAGUGGUGACUUGGAAAACUGCUUUAUAUUCUCUAGGAGUCAAAGGGGAAUACGCUUUUAAGGUUAGCAAUUGUAGCAAAAUCUUUAAUUAUUAAAGGGAAAGUAUUCGAGCGAAUGAAAGGAACACAUAAACAUUAUUAAAAAAAAUGAAAAUUACUAUUCACCAGUCAGUUAUAAAGUGCUUCAUACCGUAUUAGUAGACCUCUACACACUAAGCGUGAAACUCGGAGUAGCGACUUAGAACCAUCCUGUUCUAUGCACCAAAAGCGACUAAUAAAAACGAGAUAAGUACAUACAAUUUAAAUCAACCAAAAUAUCUUGGCACGCAGAGUGGCCUAAUCAUCAUCGUUUUGUGAAUGCAGAAAUACUUCAACAAAGCUAUUUUGUCUUUUGGUGAAACUGAAGGAAAUAUUAUAAAUAUCAAAUGCUACAUAAAUCCUUGAGAAAGGUAUUUUGAGAUUGCUUUAAUAUGAUGCAGCGAAACACAAUAGAAUGAAUUUGGUUAUUCUAGUAGAAAUAAGCUUUUACAAAAAAUGCGAAAUUAUUGUUGUCUGAGGUUCGUUGGUCCGCGGAUUAUACCUUGCACUCCUGCACAGCAUUUACACAGAUGUUGGUGAUGAAGAAGGUCGGGAUGAGCAGAUAUUUGAACUGUAUGAAAUUUCCUCGAGACACUUUGAAGCAGGCGAGUUUUGCGCGGAGGAAGAUCUGAUUUGAAAACUCUGGGGAAGCUUCUGCAAUAUCAGGGUCGUGUGUUUGAUGCUGAUUAGAAAUUGCCAAGAUGUGUCUCUCCUGUGAAAUGGAAGACAAGUGGACAGUGUUCAUUGAGUUUAUGAUAUUUCUCGUCUUUCAAGGCCUCGAUGUUGGGGCACAUUCAGGUGUUUUUGUUAUGAUCCAUGAGAAAGUAACCAGCUGUGCCAAUCUUGUGUCCCAUGUCACAAAAAUUCCUUGUUUCAAAGAUGCAAAUGGCACCAUAUAUGAAUUCAAUAACACAAUGGCAAAUCUUUCAAGGGCAUUUUGCCCCAGCAAUACCCUGUAUUGCUCUGGUGGGAUCAAUGGAACAGCAACAUCUCUUGACUCCAGUCAAAAACACCUUGACAUUGUGCAUAUGGUUUUUUUGGCAUUUCUCAGUCUUGGGGCACUUCUCUAUGUUGCUCACUUAGGUCUGCUGUUGCCAAAUUUAAUAAAAGCAUUUAUGGUCAAAGAUAUGGAGGUUUAUCGUGAAAAUGGGCCAUCAUACUAUAGAAAUGUUUUGAAAAUCCAUGUUGUUUUUCUGGUAUUGGAAACAAUUUUCUUUGACAUUCCCUGUGGUGGAAUAGUUAUGGAGUUCAUUGCCCAGCUGUGGAAGUAUGGGAACUUUAAUUGUUGGGAAUGUGCAACCUCUUUGGCUGCAGUCCCUUCGGAUAUGUCACUGGAUGAAAGUAAAAAAUUGCUUGUCCUCACCUGUGUUGGAAUGGCAUUUAUUGCUUUAUACAAAGGUAUGAUGCCUUUGUUUUUAUGGAUUGGAAACCCAUUCUGUUUUCCAUGUAUUCCUCUGCGCCUUGUCAUUGUCCUUCCUGCCGGCCUUAUUGCACUUGUAAUGACUCUUGGACCAGUUUUUGGUAUAGCAGAGCGGCGUCUUAUACCUUUUGCCCCACCUGUGAUGCUUGCACAAAUCAAGAAUGUGGGGAACACCUUUUUCUCGAUUGGCAUGAUAUUCUGGGGGAUAUUUGGAAUCAUUGGCCUUAUGAGCUUUCUUUGCUGGUACAGGUAUUGCCGUGAAGGAGCUGAGAAAACAGCAGAUUGUGGAUGUUGUUAAUAGACUCUUUCCAUUGCUGUGAGUUAUUUAUAGAAUUUGUUCUAAAAAUGCUCACAAGGUGUAACUUUAUUGUCAUAUUGUUUUGAUGCAAAGCAUUCUGGUAAAACUUUCCUCAUUGCAAAAAGCUUCUCCAUCUCUAAAUGACAUCAAUUACAGAGCACUCCAUUUGUUGCAUUCUGUUUGUCAUCGUGGUUUGAAGAUUUUUAAAUCUUCUUCACAUAUUCCUUGCCAAAAGCAGUGGGCCCUAAAAUAAUCCUCAUCCAAAAAUGUGUGUGAUUUCAAGGUCUGAAACGAAAAUGAGCUUAGUUUCCUUGUAGCGGAUAUGAAAGUAUUUAUUGUUUUAGGUAGAUAGUUGGUUAUUUUUGUGUGUAACAAGUGUUAAUAUAUAUUAACCCUUUAUAAUUACUAACCCUUAGGCUGUCAUCAGUAAUUGAUUUUUACUAUUGUGCUUUUUUAUCUUGUGUGCAUUUUAACCCUGUGUGCUGUACACAUUAAGCAAUGUGUAGAUAAACUGUGUACAUAAAAUGCUGUUUAACAAUAUUGUUAUUUUAACCUUUUAUUUUGUUGGAUUCAGUAGUUAAGGUAAUUUUUGCUAUUACAUGCAGGGAUUGCUUGCUUGCUGCUUGCUUACUUACAGUUACCGGUCCAGUCCUUAGGGUCCAGUUACUGGUCAAGCCAAUUUGUAAAUGUUGAACAUAUUUUAAAUUUAAUAUAAUUUUGAAACAUUUGUUGGUAGUUGGCUCUUUGACAUAUCUUGUAACAUCAAUUUAAAUUUAAGGGUUAAGUGAGUCUGGUGACAGUAUUGUCAUAGGCAGUGUUUUAAUCUAUAAUUCAAUAGCACAUUUUCAUUCUUACAUGUUUUAAGACUCAAAAAGGCUUAUAAAUUUUUCAUACAACUAACAAAUUUCUUAUGCAUGCUCCUCAAAAGAAUCAAGAGGUAUAUUUUUUCUGUUAAGGCUAUGGAUGAUUUUUAUGAUGGUUGACAAAUUUUUGGCAAAGUUUCAAUGACUGUUUUAACCUUGACUGUUUUAAUUUAUUUAAUAACUUCCUAUGAAUUUGGUCAAUAUUUUGUGUUUCAAAUGUUCUCCUUGUAACAGUAGGACUUUAAAUACGUUUCGCCUACUACAUGGCCUAGGGAAUUCAGGAUUGUUCCUUAACACCUCAAAAUUUCAAUGUGUUAUGUUAAAGAAACAGAAUAAUUGUCCAAUGAAAUCUGUAUUAACUUUUAGGUGUUAUUUAUUGUAUAUAAAUUAUCAUUUUUAAAACCUUAAGGAUCCAACUGUAUAUUUUAGAAUUUAAUUAAAUGUUAUAAAAUCAAGUUUGUCAAGAAGAGGAUACUUCCAUGAUUGUCAAA